AUGGUCGUGGACGUGGACGUGGACGUGGACGUGGUCGUGGACGUGGACGUGGAGGACUUGGACGUGGUCGUGGACGUGGACGUGGACGUGGAUGUGGACGUGGACAUGGACGUGGUCGUGGACGUGGUCGUGGACGUGGACGUCGUGGACAUGGACGUGGAGGACUUGGACAUGGUCGUGGACGUGGACGUGGACGACUUGGACGUGGUCGUGGACGUGGACGUGGACGUGGUCGUGGACUUGGACGUGGACGUGGUCGUGGACGUGGACGUGGACGUGGACGUGGAUGUGGACGUGGACAUGGACCUGGACGUGGACGUUGAGGACGUGGAUGUGGACGUGGACCUGGACGUGGACGUGGACAUGGACGUGGACGUGUACGUGGACGUGGUUGUGGACGUGGACGUGGACGUGGACCUGGACGUGGACGUGGACAUGGUCGUGGACGUGGACGUGGAGGACUUGGACGUGGUCGUGGAUGUGGACGUGGACGUGGACGAGGACGUGGACGUGGACGUGGACAUGGACGUGGUCGUGGACGUGGACGUAGACAUGGUCGUGGACGUGGUCGUGGACGUGGACGUGGACGUGGUCGUGGACGUGGACGUGGACGUGGACGUGGACAUGGACGUGGACGUGGACGUGGACGUGGACGUGGACGUGGACGUGGACGUGGACGUGGACGUGGACGUGGACGUGGUCGUGGACGUGGACGUGGACGUGGUCGUGGACGUGGACGUGGACGUGGACGUGGACGUGGUCGUGGACGUGGACGUGGACGUGGACGUGGUCGUGGACGUUGACGUUGACGUGCACGUGGACGUGGACGUGGACGUGGACGUGGACAUGGACUUGGACGUGGACGUGCACGUGGACGUGGACGUGCACGUGCACGUGGACAUGGACGUCGACGUGGACGUGGACUUGGACAUGGUCGUGGACCUGGACGUCGACAUGGACGUGGACGUGGACGUGGACGUGGACAUGGUCGUGGACGUGGACGUGGACGUGGUCGUGGACGUGGACGUGGACGUGGUCGUGGACGUGGACGUGGACGUGGACGUGGACGUGGAGGUGGACGUGGACGUGGACCUGGUCGUGGACGUGGACGUGGACGUGGACCUGGACGUGGACGUGGUCGUGGACGUGGACGACGUGGACAUGGUCGUGGACGUGGACAUGGUCGUGGACGUGGACGUAGACGUGGACGUGGACGUGGUCGUGGACGUGGACGUGGACGUGGUCGUGGACGUGGACCUGGACGUGGACGUUAACGUGGACGUGGACGUGGACGUGGACGUGGACGUGGACGUGGACAUGGUCGUGGACGUUGACGUGGACGUGGACGUGGACGUGGACGUGGACUUGGACGUGGACGUGGACGUGGUCGUGGACGUGGACGUGGACGUGGACGUGGACGUGGACAUGGUCGUGGACGUGCACGUGGACGUGGACGUGGACGUGCACGUGGACGUGGACGUGCACGUGGACGUGGACUUCGACGUGCACGUGGACGUGGUCGUGGACCUGGACGUGGACGUGGACGUGGACGUGGACGUGGUCGUGGACGUGGACGUGGACGUGGACGUGGUCGUGGACGUGGACGUGGACGUGGUCGUGGACGUGGACGUGGACGUGGACGUGGACGUGGACGUGUACGUGGACGUGGACCUGGUCGUGGACGUGGACGUGGUCGUGGAGGUGAACGUGGACGUGGACAUGGACGUGGACGUGGUCGUGGACGUGGUCGUGGACGUGGACGUGGACGGGGACGUGCACGUGGUCGUGGACGUGGACGUGGACGUGGACGUGGACGUGGACGUGCACGUGGACGUGGACGUGCACGUGGACGUGGACGUGGUCGUGGACGUGGACGUGGACGUGGACGUGGACGUGGACGUGGACGUGGUCGUGGACGUGGACGUGGACGUGGACGUGGACGUGGACAUGGACGUGGACGUGGUCGUGGACGUGGACGUGGACGUGGACGCGGACGUGGUCGUGGUCGUGGACGUGGUCGUGGACGUGGACGUGGACGUGGACGUGGUCGUGGACGUGGUCGUGGACGUGGACGUGGACGUGGACGUGGACGUGGACGUGCACGUGGACGUGCACGUGGACGUGGUCGUGGACGUGGACGUGGACGUGGACGUGGACAUGGACGUGGACGUGGUCGUGGACGUGGACGUGGACGUGGACGUGGACGUGGAGGUGGACGUGGACGUGGAGGUGGACCUGGACGUGGACGUGGACCUGGUCGUGGACGUGGACGUGGAGGACUUGGACGUGGUCGUGGACGUGGACCUGGACGUGGACGUGGACAUGGACGUGGACGUGGACGUGGACGUGGACGUGGACGUGGACGUGAACGUGGACGUGGACGUGGACGUGGACGUGGACCUGGUCGUGGACGUGGACGUGGACGUGGACGUGGACAGGGACGUGGACGUGGACAUGGUCGUGGACGUGGACGUGGACGUGGACGUGGUCGUGGACGUGGACGUGGACGUGGACGUUGUCGUGGACGUGGACGUGGACGUGGUCGUGGACGUGGACGUGGACGUGGACGUGGACGUGGACGUGGACGUGGACGUGGACGUGCACGUGGACGUGGACGUGGACGUGGAGGUGGACGUGGUCGUGGACGUGGACGUGGUCGUGGACGUGGACGUGGACGUGGACGUGGUCGUGGUCGUGGACGUGGUCGUGGACGUGGACGUGGACGUGGACGUGGAUGUGGACAUGGACGUGGACGUGGUCGUGGACGUGGACGUGGACGUGGACGUGGAGGUGGACGUGGACGUGGAGGUGGACCUGGACGUGGACGUGGACCUGGUCGUGGACGUGGACGUGGAGGACUUGGACGUGGUCGUGGACGUGGACCUGGACGUGGACGUGGACAUGGACGUGGACGUGGACGUGGACGUGGACGUGGACGUGGACGUGGACGUGGACGUGGAUGUGGACGUGGACCUGGUCGUGGACGUGGACGUGGACGUGGACGUGGACAGGGACGUGGACGUGGACAUGGUCGUGGACGUGGACGUGGACGUGGACAUGGUCGUGGACGUGGACGUGGACGUGGACGUGGUCGUGGACGUGGACGUGGACGUGGUCGUGGACGUGGACGUGGACGUGGACGUGGACGUGGACGUGCACGUGGACGUGCACGUGGACGUGCACGUGGACGUGGACGUGGACGUGGACGUGGACUUGGACGUGCACGUGGACGUGGACGUGGACGUGGACGUGGACUUGGACGUGCACAUGGACAUAGAUGUCGACAUGGACGUGGACUUGGACAUGGUCGUGGACCUGGACGUGGACUUGGACGUGGACGUGGACAUGGUCGUAGACGUGGACGUGGACGUGGACGUGGUCCUGGACGUGGACGUGGUCGUGGACGUGGACGUGGACGUGGACGUGGUCGUGGACGUGGACGUGGAGGUGGUCGUGGACGUGGACGUGGACGUGGACGUGGACGUGGACGUGGACCUGGUCGUGGACGUGGACGUGGACGUGGACGUGGACGUGGACGUGGACUUGGACGUGCCCGUGGACGUGGACGUCGACGUGGACGUGGACUUGGACGUGCCCGUGGACGUGGACGUGGACGUGGACUUGGACGUGCCCGUGGACGUGGACGUGGACGUGGACGUGGACGUGGACGUGGAGGUGAACGUGGACGUGGACGUGGACGUGGACGUGGACGUGGAGGUGAACGUGGACGUGGACAUGGACGUGGACGUGGACGUGGACGUGGUCGUGGACGUGGUCGUGGUCGUGGAGGUGAACGUGGACGUGGACGUGGACGUGGACGUGGUCGUGGACGUGGACGUGGACGGGGACAUGGUCGUGGUCGUGGACAUGGACGUGGACGUGGACGUGGACGUGGACGUGGACGUGGACGUGGUCGUGGACGUGGACGUGGACGUGGACGUGGACGUGGACGUGGACGUGGACGUGGACGUGGACGUGGACGUGGAGGUGGACGUGGACGUGGACGUGGACCUGGACGUGGACGUGGACCUGGUCGUGGACGUGGACGUGGACGUGGACGUGGACGUGGACGUGGACAGGGACGUGGACGUGGACGUGAACGUGGUCGUGGACGUGGACGUGAACGUGGACGUGGACGUGGUCGUGGACGUGGACGUGGACGUGGUCGUGGACGUGGACAUGGACGUGGUCGUGGACGUGGACAUGGACGUGGUCGUGGACGUGGACGUGAAGGUGGACGUGGACGUGGACGUGGACAUGGACAUGGUCGUGGACGUGGACGUGCACGUGGACGUGCACGUGGACGUGGACUUGGUCGUGGACGUGGUCGUGGUCGUAGACGUGGACGUGGACGUGGUCGUGGACGUGGACGUGGACGUGGACGUGGACGUGGACGUGGACGUAGACGUGGACGUGGACGUGGACGUCGACGUGGACUUGGACGUGCACGUGGACGUGGACGUGGACGUGGACGUGGACUUGGACAUGGUCGUGGACGUGGACGUGGACGUGGACGUGGACGUGGACAUGGACGUGGUCGUGGACGUGGACGUGGACGUGGACGUGGACGUGGACUUGGACGUGCACGUGGACGUGGACGUCGACGUGGACGUGGGCUUCGACAUGGUCGUAGACGUAGUCGUGGACGUGGACGUGGACGUGGACGUGGACGUGGACGUGGUCGUGGACGUGGACGUGGACGUGGACAUGGACGUGGACAUGGACGUGGACGUGGACGUGGACGUGGUCGUGGACGUGGACGUGGACGUGGUCGUGGACGUGGACGUCGACGUGGACGUGGACAUGGACGUGGACGUGAACGUGGACGUGGACGUGAACGUGGACGUGGAGAUGGACGUGGACAUGGACGUGGUCGUGGACGUGGUCGUGGACGUGGACAUGGUCGUGGUCGUGGACGUGGACGUGGACGUGGACGUGGACGUGGACGUGGACGUGGACAUGGACGUGGACGUGGACGUGGACAUGGACGUGGACGUGGACGUGGACGUGGACGUGGUCGUGGACGUUGACGUGGACAUGGACGUGGACGUGGACGUGGACGUGGACGUGGACGUGGACGUGGACAUGGUCGUGGACGUGGACGUGGACGUGGACGUGGACGUGGACAUGGACGUGGACGUGGACGUGGACGUGGACGUGGACGUGGACGUGGACGUGGACAUGGACGUGCACGUGGAGCUUGCCUGGUCCAGGAGCUUGCCUGGUCCUGGAGCUUGCUUGGUCCAAGAGCUUGCCUAG